AGAUAUUCAAGAAUUCUAUGAAUUAACUCUUCUUGACGAAACCAAAUCAGUUCAAGAGAAAACUGCUGAAACCAUAAGGAUCGCCAAUAAAUGGGAGACAAACGAUGGGCCCAUAGCUCCUGGAUAUCCAAACGAUGGUUGCACUGAUGUCAGGGAAUCCUCCCUUCAAAUAAGCCAUGCCCUGCACAACCUUCAAACUCAAUCGGCCAGCAGGGAAAACAUCCAUCAAACUUAUAUUCAAAAACCCCGAUAUCAAGAAGAUGAAAUGCCACCACCUCCAUCACCGCCGAUUAUCCGCGAUCAUAUCGCCAUGGAUGGUAUGUCCAAACAUGGAUCUUUGGAACGAUGUAAUAGGAGGAAAAGUUCAGUUGAUAGAGAACAAAUUUCGUGUCCAAAGGAAACUUUUAAGGGCACAGAUAGUUGGCAAGGAAAUGAUAGUGAUCAGGCCCACUCCCCGCUUUUAAGCUCAAGCGACAUCAAACCCGUGAAUGGGGAUGAUGAUUGGGAGGAUGAAGAAAUUAUGUUGGAACGUGGAACCGCCGGUUUGGGAUUUAGUAUCGCCGGCGGAACCGACAACCCUCACAUCGGCGACGACACGGCGAUUUACAUCACAAAACUUAUAGCUGGCGGCGCUGCCUCCACCGACGGUCGCCUUAAAGUGAAUGACUCCAUUCUCCAAGUCAAUGAAGUCUCGGUGGUGAAUGUACCCCAUGCGGCCGCCGUCGAUGCCUUGAAAAAAGCCGGAAACUCCGUUCGAUUGUGGGUUCGUAGGAGGAAAUCAAGAAAUUUACGCGUUCUCGAAAUUGAGCUGGUGAAGGGAAACAAGGGUUUAGGAUUUAGCAUAGCCGGAGGGAUCGGAAACCAACAUAUUCCCGGAGACAAUGGAAUCUAUGUUACUAAGGUCAUGGAAGGGGGUGCUGCCCAAGUGGACGGACGAUUGGCUGUUGGAGAUAAAUUGGUCGGAGUUAGGGAUAGUGCUCGAGGAGAGACAAAUUUGGAAAACGUCACUCACGAAGACGCGGUGGCGACGUUAAAGACAACCCAAGAUAGGGUGGUGCUGAUCGUCGCGAAACCAGACAGUGCCUUUAUGAUGCCGGUCACCCCAGAACCUUCUUACUCACCACAAUUAUCAACAAAAGGAUCUCACGUUUACCCAGAAAGUCAUCAUUCCUCUUCUUUGGCUUUAGCACCUUCAACACCGAGGGCAGUCAGCCAAGAAGAUAUAACGCGGGACGUGAGGACUGUCGUUUUGCAAAAAGGCAAUUCCGGCCUCGGAUUUAACAUCGUCGGCGGCGAGGAUGGCGAAGGAAUCUUCAUAUCGUUUAUACUCGCCGGGGGUCCCGCCGAUUUAAGCGGCGAAUUAAAACGAGGAGAUCAAAUUUUAAGCGUUAACGGGGUUAAUUUAAGGAACGCUACUCAUGAAGAGGCUGCAUUAGCACUCAAGGGUACUAAUCAAACCGUAACAAUAGUUGUCCAGUACAGACCUGAAGAAUAUAAUCGGUUCGAAGCGAAAAUACACGAUUUGAAACAGCAAUUAGCACAGCAAGUUACUGGGACACUUAUGAAGACUACACAAAAGAAAUCUUUAUAUGUUAGGGCACUGUUCGAUUAUGAUCCCUUAAAAGAUGAUGGUCUUCCAAGUAGAGGUUUGGCUUUCCAGUAUGGGGAUAUUUUGCACGUGACGAAUGCAAGCGAUGAUGAAUGGUGGCAAGCGCGGAGAGUACUUAAUACGGGGGAUGAACAGGGAAUGGGAAUUGUCCCCUCGAAGCGGAGGUGGGAACGGAAACAACGGGCAAGAGAUAGGUCUGUUAAAUUUCAAGGACAUACUCCAGCAAUUUUAGAAAAACAAUCAACUUUAGAUAGGAAAAAGAAAAACUUUUCAUUCAGCCGGAAGUUCCCGUUUAUGAAGAGUAAGGACGACAAGUCGGAAGACGGUUCGGACCAGGAACAUUCCCAAUGUACUACCCCUAACGCCAUAGAUUCCGAUUCAAACCCAUCAUCUUUCAUGCUGUGCUAUACUCAAGAAGACGCCAACGCCGAAGGCGAAAUAUUGUAUCGCGUAGAACUGCCUUAUAUGGAAGAGAUCACGUUAAUUUAUCUGGAGAAUAAUGAUAAUACAGACGACUAUACUAACGACGAGUGCGUUCUAUCAUACGAACCAGUUCAACAGAUGCAAAUCGCUUAUACACGACCAGUUAUCGUUUUGGGACCUCUCAAGGAUCGUAUCAAUGAUGAUCUUAUAUCGGAAUUUCCAGAGAAAUUUGGUAGUUGUGUACCACAUACUACGAGACCUAAAAGAGAAUAUGAAGUGGACGGUAGAGAUUAUCAUUUCGUCGCAUCACGAGAACAAAUGGAAAAAGAUAUCCAAAAUCACUUAUUUAUAGAAGCCGGGCAAUACAAUGAUAAUUUAUAUGGAACAUCAGUGGCAUCUGUUCGUGAAGUAGCCGAUAAGGGUAAACACUGUAUUUUAGAUGUAAGCGGAAAUGCAAUCAAACGGUUACAAGUAGCGCAAUUAUAUCCAAUUGCAAUAUUUAUUAAACCUAAAUCGGUCGAGUCAAUACUUGAGAUGAAUAAAAGAAUGACUGAAGAUCAAGCGAAAAAAACGUUUGAAAGAGCUUUAAAAAUGGAACAAGAAUUUGGAGAAUAUUUUACAGCGGUUGUUCAAGGAGAUACACCAGAAGAUAUUUACGCUCAAGUAAAAGAUGUUAUUGCACAACAAUCGGGCCCAUCGAUAUGGGUACCGACGAAAGAAAAGCUGUGACGCUUAGCCCCUGCGGUGUGGACGGUUCCUCAAAUGACGCGUCACCACUGAAAUUAAUAAUUAUUGAUAACGAAGUUAAUGAAAGAAACGCAAAAUGGCGCGAAGAUGCUUGCAGGUGGGAAAACAGUAAUUAAUAAUCUCAAAGGCCCGCUCCUCCCCUAUUAAAAAAAAAAAAAAAACAAAAAUAGUUCUCGUCUCUAUCUCCUCUCUCUAUCUCUAACAUUCUCUAUUUGUAUCUUGGAGAUGCGUCGGAUUCGGUAAAAACAAAUUUAAAUUAAAUGAAAUUUGUUAUUUAAGGAAAACAAAUUAUUGCUCCCCUCAUAAAUUAAUUAGUGCUCUCUCUUUGGUAUUUGUAUACUACCAUGUUUUGAUGCAUUUUGAUUAAAUUGUUGGGAGUUGAAAAAAGCAGCGAUUUAAAAGAAAUGCGAAAACCCCUGGAACAUGGCAGUGGUAUGCCUAAAAAUAUAGUAAUAGAGAGCCGAAAUUAUUUAAAGCGACUAUCCUUUUCAAAAAAUGAUAUACUCGAGAGUAAAAAGCAACAAUCGUUUAAAUUAAAUUUUAAAAAAAAGGUACUUUAAAUUAAACUAAGAGAUGAAAAUAAUAGGCAAAUGUUGAUUAAAACCGAGCAGAGUUUUAGCCGUAAUAGUUUUAUCCAUGUGUUUUUUGUAGUGUAUGUAUAUUUGAAUUAUAUAAGAGAUUUCCCUGCCAAUAUUUAAUAUUAUAAAUAUAUAUAUUAACGAUUGAUUAUAUAAAUGAGUAAAGAAAGUAUAAAAAUUGAUUAAUAAUAUGCGACGCGAAUGUCCAUACUAUUAUUAUUAUUACUAUUAUUAUUAUCGUCGACGAUGAGAUGAUGUACAUACACACUUAAAAUUUAUCUAUGUGUAGCGAAUCAGAAGAAAGAAAUGUUAUUGUUAUUUGAGAUAAAAGUUGUGACCUAACUUAUUUGAGUUAAUAAAGAAAUUUUACUAAUAAA